AUGCCUAUUGGUGUUGCAAGCUUUGAACAAAUUAUAUCUGGAGGAUUUACUUUAAUAGAUAAAACUUUAUUAAUAUCUGAAUUUAUCAAAAAUAAUAAUACUGUGUUGAUAAUUUCUCAUCCAGAAAAAUUCAGCAAAACUACAAACAUAACUAUGUUGAAGUGUUUCUUUUCAGUGCCUAACUUACCAGAUAACCUUGGUUAUCAAAGAGCACUAUUUAAGGAGACUAAGGUUAUGGAGAAUUCAGAAAUUAUACAAAACCAUUUCUGCAAACACCCAGUUAUUCACAUCACUUUUAAGAAUUAUAAUAGCUGCAAUAGUUGGAAAUGCAUAGAAGCAAGAUUACAUGAGGAGUUAUCAAGACUUUACAGAGAACACCAAGCUUUUGAAAUAUGA